CGCAGGGCUGUCUCCCGACCUGCAGUCGAUGGAGCAGAUCCCGCGGAUCAUGCGUCCCACGGACGUGCCGGAUCAGGGCCUGCUCUGCGACCUGCUCUGGUCCGACCCCGACAAGGACGUGCAGGGCUGGGGCGAGAACGACCGCGGCGUCUCCUUCACCUUCGGGGCGGAGGUGGUGGCGAAGUUCCUGCACAAGCACGACCUGGACCUCAUCUGCCGGGCGCACCAGGUGGUGGAGGACGGCUACGAGUUCUUCGCCAAGCGCCAGCUCGUCACCCUCUUCUCGGCGCCCAACUACUGCGGGGAGUUUGACAACGCGGGCGCCAUGAUGAGCGUGGACGAAAC